CCCCAAAGUCCCGAAGAGUGUCACCUGGGAUAAGAAAGUGACCUUGAGGGAACCGCAAGAGAGCUCGAGGCCGAGUCGGGACCCCUUGAGGAGCCUGCACCUGCAGCCGCUGAGACCGCUGUCGGAGAGGAGCUCCAUGUGGUCGGGAGUAUGCUUGUCGUCCAUUAGGCGAGAGGGAACCUUCACCAAAAAGUACGACUCAGAAAAGGACCGGCUACAGGCUGAAUGUAACAGACUCAACGUCGAUAAAGAAAGACUUCAGAGCGAACUGUCCGAGGCACGCACAAGGCUGGAGGAGGAAAUAACCGCCAGGAAGGCACUGAGGCGCACGCACGAACUUAAUCUGCGCCAGCUGAGAGAGGGAGAACUCAGGAGGACCGAAGUACUCGUGGCCGACCUAAGAAACAGGUUGGAGGACGAGAAGCGCGAGGCUCUAGACCAACAGAAAGGAGCGCUGACGAGAAUACACGAAUCCGACUUGAUAAGGGUAGAACGGGAGAGAGACGAGGAUCACCGGAGGCUUCAGCAGGAGAACAAGGCUGCGCAGGAGAAGCUGAGGGCGGAUAUGAGGAGAGAAGUUACACGGGUGGAGCCCCCGCAAGUGCAGUGCUGCCAUUCUACCGAUCGAGAUUUAGAUAGAUUAAACAGAGAUCUGUCAACGCUGCGCGAGCACAAGAAACGACUGGAGGAUGCAGUAAUGACCCUCCAGGAGUCGGAGCGGAAGCGCGCCGGAGAGCUGCGGCGCCUGCACGAGGAGCACGAGGCCGCCGUCGCCCGCAUCCACAGGGCCAAUAAGAGCGAGGUUGCGCGGCUGCUGGACGAAGUUCGCUCCAAGGACCGCUCGAUUGGCCAGCUGGAGCGCCAGCUGAGCGCCCAGUCCGCCAAGAUCCGGCUUCAGGAAGAAAAGGCUCGGGAGGCCAGCAACGAACGCACGGAAGAUGCUGCACGGAAACGCACGACUCGCGGCGGAGGCUCUGGGGUGAGCAGCAAACGACACAAGGAGGCAGCCACCACCAAGGAUGGCCGAACCCGCGAGAAGGAAUCAUGCGUCAGCGCCAGCGGCCCCGUCAACAACAACAGCGUCAAGAGCAACCACAACGCCAGCAGAGGAUCUCCUGAUGUAGGGGCUGAUGACACUUGCCAGAGGACACGUGCAGCGCAGGAAGAAGGGGCAACACCGGAGAUGGCAGCACAAGUAGAGGAGCUCUCUCAGGAGGUGGAGCAGCAGAGGCAGCUGAUUGAGCAGCAGAGGCAGCAGAUUGAGCUGCAGCUACAGCAGCUGGAAGAGACGGCGAAGGAGUUAGAGCAGCAGAAGCAAAAAUGGGGCGAAGAGAAGCAGGCAAUGAAGCAGGAGAUGGAGGAGCAGGAGAGAACCGUGGAAGCGGAAAGGGAGGAAUUGCAACAUCAAAUCGAAGACAAAAUUCAUCAGGUUGAGGAGCAGAAAUUGGUGAUGGAGGCACAAAAGCAGGUGAUGGAGGAUCAGAAGCAGGUGAUGGAGGAGCAGAAGCAGGUGAUCGAAGAGCAGCAGUUAAGAAUUGCAGAUCUGGCGGAGGAAUCGAUGGAACGCGAGUGCCUGCCGCCAGUCCCCCCGCCCCCCGCCUGGCACCCACGGAGAGAGUCCUGCGUCAAGGUAUGUGAGCUUCCCACCGUCCUGGAGCAGUCCAGCGACGAUGAGCUCUCGCCCACCACCUCCCCGACGCUGCAGCAGAGCUACACCCACGACCUGUACUCGGAAUACGAAAUGCCCGCGCCCUCGACCUUCCUCACGCCCACCAGCCCCACGGAGCCGCCCAUCUGGCCGCAGAGCGUUGGAGACCUGCUCUGCAGUCAGUAUGAUCAGCUAUCAAAGGAACACCAAGAACUCCAGAAGUCCUAUCAGUUACUGGUAUCUACCUCUUCAGCCAGCUCCCCUGCCGUUGAUCUUAAUGGUAAAGAAGGUCCCAGUGAGUGGUGGUCAGCAGCUCGUGUGAUGGAGCUGGAAGCACAAGUUUCUACGCUGAAGGCAGAGCUGCAGGAGUCCAGGGAUCAUGCUGACCUUCUGGAGUUCCGCAUUUUGGAGUUCACCGAGGAAGAUAGGGCUUCCGACUCGGGCUCCUCUCCGCAGACGUGCGACCAGUCAACAGCCACCGAUCUGGAUGACGUCAGCAUUCCAGCGACCAAUGAGGAUUUGUCACUUCCACUCUCGAUAGAUUCGGGGCUCGAUCUCUCCAGCGAUUAUAAGAAGGCGCGCGUGACGGAGGGGCGGGCGUGGCUGGCGCAGCUUUCCCGCACGACGGGCGAGGCGGAGGCCGCGGCUCUCCACCACCUCGCCGCCCUCCUCGACUGGGUGGCCGCCCUGCCCGCCCACGCGCACCAUGCCCUGUCCUCGCCCAUGAGCCCCACUCUGGCCGCCCCCACGCCCACGCUGAAGGCCAAGAUGGGCAUGGAGGAACUAGGGGGUGACCUGGGGCGGGAUCUGAUGCUGCUGGCCGCCCGCCUGCAGGAGACGCUGACGGAGCCCGCCGCGCAGGAGGCCGUCCUGCUCGACACCAUCGCGCCAUGA